AUGAGCGGCAGCGCGUUCAACGCGUUCAAAUCGCGGGUGCCGGUGGCGUGGAGCCCCCGGCUGUACAUCACGCUAGUGCGGGGCCUCCCCGGGACGCGCCGCCUGCACCGCCGCACGCUCGAGGCCAUGCGCCUCCGCCGCUGCCACCGCACCGUCGAGCACCGCACCACGCCCUCCCUGCUCGGCAUGCUCACCCAGGUCAAGCGCCUCGUCGUUGUCGAGACCGAGGAGAUGUACGCCGCGCGGAGGCAGGCCGAGGAGGAGCGCCGCGCGCCCAGGCCCCCGCUCGUCGUCUCCCACCACCCGCCGCCCCGUGACGCGCCUGCCGCGGCGCCGGCGCAGUAG